AUGAAGAGUGAGAUUGAAGUGAGAGAGGCUUCGAAUGAGCACAUCAGUACCAAACACGAUAGUAACUUAUUGUCGACCACAAAUUUAAUUCAAGGUCUUUUGAUCUUACUCCCAUUGAAGGAACAAAAACAAGGUGACGCCCCUACUGAAGGCAAAAAUGUGGAAACAAAAUGUGUAAUGGACUAUAGUGAUCAAUUCACAACUUAUUCGAUAUUCAAUAGUAGAGAUGCAUUACUUAGAUGGGCUCGUGCAUAA